CGAAAAGGUAUAUCGAAUUAAUCUAUUCAUCACCGCCGUGUACAAAUUAUAGCCUUACUGGCAUCCUCUAGUUACAAACAGUACACGCUCCCUCAGCUUUUUUCCCAAGAAUAAAUAUAUUCUCCAACCACUCACUAGCAAUUUGCAUUAUUGACUCUCAAGAUCAAAAGAGUAGAAUUUGCCAACAACAAAAAUUAUUCAUUUACCACCACCGAAGCAACACACCAGAAAAUGAUUAGAGCCAAAUCCAAAAUGAACUCUUCAAGGACAUUCAAGAGGUCGCAGUCGACCGCCUCCUCCUCCUUCCCUCCUCAUCAUCCGCCGUACGUCCCAAAGAAGACUCCGUUGGUCGAGUUCCCAGCAUCCCCCCAGCUGAUACUUGGAGAGGAGAUCGUCCACUUCAGCCACCCGCAUCCCCUGUCGAAGAUCGAUCUUCCUGACCUGUACACAUGCGCGGGGUGCAAAGAGUACGGGGCUGGGAAGAGGUUUACGUGCCAGCAGUGUGAUUAUCAGCUUCACGAAUUCUGCGGCUUGGCCCCUCAAACCCUAAAGGGCCAUCCCCUUCACUACCAGCACCAACUUGCUUUCCUUUCUAAACCAGUGAAAAGCGGGAUAGCGAAAUCCAAGUGCGAUGUAUGUGCCAAGCCAAUCAAAGGCUACAGGUUCCGGUGCGUCGCCUGCCCCUUCCGGAUGCACCCAAGCUGUGAGAUGCUGCAGGACGAGGUCAUCUUCCCAUCGCACCCGCAUGCUCUCAGGCUCCUGCCCUCGACAGCCCAGGCAUCGUCUGCAGGUGACUCGGCAGGCUUCAUGUGCGGCGAGUGCGGGAGGAAAAGAUCAGGAAGGGUGUACCGGUGCACGGGGUGCGACUACCAUCUCCAUGCAGUAUGCGCCAAGGGCGCGGUCAAUGGGCUCUAUGAUAAUGGGAUAAAGGGCCUGGAGAAGCCGGGAAUGUUGGUGGUGGCUGCAAAGCUCGCAUCCCGGGUCGUGGUUGAUUUUAUUGGUGGCCUGAUUGAGGGAAUUGGGGAAAGUGUAGGGGAAGUGCUUGUUCAAAACGUUGCAAGGGGAAGGUGCUAUAGCAGAAGGAGGGCUGAAGAAUAAUAUUCCCAAAAAAAAAGAGCUCGUCCUGGAAACUAAUUAAUUAGGAGAUUCCUCGAUGCUCCCAAUUAAUAACUUCAUAAUUUGUAUUCGAUUUGUUGAAUGAAUUGCCCUCAUAUGUACAUGUGUUGUACGUUUUUUGAGUGAUCUGUAUGCUGCAACUGAGCUUCUCGGAAUGAUUAGACUGAUCAUGGAGAUGCACGCAAUGAUCUUUAUGUACCACAUUGUGCCAAGCAAAUACUUAAUC